AUUAGCUGUCAAACUGAAUUUCCUUUCCAUUUUUCGGAACGAAAAUUACUUUAGAAUUUUGCUUGCUUAUUUUCUAUUGUAGUCAUUGAUUAAUAAAUGUGUGAAAAUUUGGUCGCAAUUGUGUCGAAUUAAUGGAGUUGAAGGUCUGGGUCGAGGGGAUACAAAGGAUUGUUUGUGGGGUCACAGAAACGACUACUUGCCAGGAUGUAGUAUUUGCAUUAGCUCAUGCCACGGGAAAAGUGGGCAGAUUCACUCUUAUCGAACGAUGGCGGAAUAAUGAACGAUUGCUGGCUCCACAAGAGUUUCCCUUGAAGAUUCUUAUGAAAUGGGGUGAAUAUUCAAAUGACAUACAAUUCAUUCUCCGGCGAUCAGACUCUGGGAACAAUCAGAAACCAUCUCAAGUUUCUAAUAAUUCCAGAUCUCCUAUUGGAAAUGGGGGUCACAUUACCUCAAACCCUAAUAUAUUGGACAGUCAAUGUUCACCAAAUAGAAUGAAUGUAACUCCAACACAUAACAAUGGCAAUGUUAAUAAUAACACAUCCCCUGGGAACCCGGUUGGAGUGGUGAAGGGUGUGCAACAGGCUAAAUCCUCUGAAUCUGACAGCCCCAUAAUGAAAGAUGUCCCACCUUAUAGAGAGCCACCUCCACCAUACCGCUCUCCCCCGCCACCAUCACAAGCCUUACGGAAGUCACCCAGUCGUUCCCGUGGCAACCGAUCUGCUCACAUGUCGCCGGUCAACUUGCCUGAUGAGAAUACUGACAGUCGAAGCCCCGAAGCUGUUAGUUACAACAACCAAUAUCGGGAGCUAGUGUCCUUAGUCAACUACCAGAGAGAAAAAUUGUCUAGCCAGCAAGUUGACCUCAUUAAGUAUGAUGCAGAAAUUGGUUACUGGGAGAACAAGGGUCGUGAACAGGAACGGCAAGUGGAACUUCUACAACAGCAGAUCAGCUCUGCAGACAACCAACUACGUAUUAAUUCCGAGCAGGUGCAAGCACUUACGUACGUAGAAGAAGAGAGUGAAAUAGUGAAGCAGAAUGAGAAGACUUUAAGAUCUGAGAUAGUGCUUGUGCGCUCCAAGCUGGCCAACUGCGAAACUGAGCUGCUGCAAUGCAAGAACAAGAUCCGAAAGUUGAUGGAAGAGAUUCAGAAUGAGCAGAGACUCAUUAACAGUCGUCAGCAUGAGAACCGCCACGCUUUAGAAAGAUCGAUGCUAGCUGAAAUGGAGAACUUGCAGAGUCAAAUACAGCAAGCGAAACAUGCCACCGAAAUCAAUCAUCUCACAGCCGAAAAUUUGAAACGUGAGGUUGGAGUACUGGAGAGUGCUAUAAUGGAGAAGAAGCGGCAGGUGGAGCGACUGGUGCAAGAGAUGAAGGAGGCGAACCUGCAGAGCCUCACCGGCAGCGUCGACGAGCUACGACACCCGCUAGAUGGGCUAUGCAAGGCAGGCAGCGCACGCCGGAUCAUAGGAUCCCCGCGGCAGCUGGAGAACGCCGCCCCCACCAACAAGAAUCCUCACGGAGUAUGGGUAUAGGAUACGUCCUCUACGGAAGGCCAUUUUAAAGUUCCCCCUAAUUAAGACGCGUGGAUCUGACUUUAAGUAUAUAACUGAACGAUUUCUGAUCAAAUUAAACACAUUUGAUAAAUUGAUAAUAUUUCAGUAAAUACUGCUUUAUAUUAUUGUUUGAUAUUAAAUAAGUAAAACAUUUAGCAGUAUUAGGUAGUUACUUGAAUUUUUGAUUUACUAAUUUUAGUUUAAUGUAAUAGAGUAACUUAUUAGACUUGUGUUCAAAAUAGUGUCAUAUUUUAAAAGUAAGUAAAUACGAUAACAAAUUAAGCAUUGGAAAUUAAUAUCUUGCUUGGUUUUAUAUCGUGGGUGACGACAGCUCUAAUACCUAAUUAUGAAAGUAUUAUUGUAUCUUGCCGCAUUUACAUACAUAAAUACUUUGGUAUUUUGAAGUAUAGGAUAAUUUAUUGAAUUUUGACAAAUAGGUAUAUAUUGUUCUAAUAGUAACUUUGUAAGGGAUCAAUCAAAUAACAUAAAUGUGUACUUAUUAAUGAAGAACAUAGAACACCAAUAGUCCUGUGAUGAUACAUUUUUAUAUACUAUAUUGUUGCUAACAAUAUGAGUACAGUACCACUAAACACAACACUAGGUAAACGUAGGUUUUAAUAUUCAAAUGCAAUAUAGAUGGUUAGUUAUAGCGAGUCAAUGUUUCAGAUAUCUGAGGGGCACGGAGUUGUGAAAUCGAAGGGAGACUACACUAUUUAUUUACAUUACUGUCUUUUCUCUAUAUGCUAAACGUUUUACUAUUAAAAGGCGAUUAUAUGUAGCCUGCCUGUUAAUCAACUUCUUUAUUUUAUACAGUGCACUGUCGUGUAUAAACUUUAUUAUAUCAUACUCGUAUUUACCAGUGUUUAGGUGCUUUUCUGCUGUAUACAUACAUUUUAAAAUGGUAGAUGGUAUAGCACCAAUUUCAAACGUUUGGAUAGAUCUACGUUAUUUUGGAUUAAGGAAUGUUAGCCUCCGGGGUGUUGCGUUGGUACAACAAUACUGAAUAUAUAAUCUAGGCAUCACCAUGUAUCUUAAGGUUCCGUAUUUCAAAUAUCAUUUAACCCCUAAAAGAUCACAUGACUGUUCCUCUGUACCGCCGUUUCCAUUGCUGGGCACCGUUAAUUAAAUAAUUAACUGCGUUAAUUCGAUAACAAAAUGGUUAAUUUUGUUAAAAGUUAAAACGUAAAAUUUUGUUUUAAAGCAAUCGUUAACUUGUGAUAGAAAUUGCAUUUUAUGUUGGUAUGGGCUUUGGUACUUUAGACAAUACCUUCAACUACUUAAUAUUAAUAAAAAAACAAUAAGAGAAGGGUGUUUAUUAGUUUGUAAUAUUAUUAAAUUUUAGUUCUUGUCAGUGUUAGAACCUGUUUUAGCGCGGCCCGGUGCGCGGGGUACUCUUUUGGGAAGUAGUAGGUGAAUAAUUAAUGAACUUAUGGAAAAUUAACGAAAGUUAAUUAAUCCGUAAACAAUGUUUAAAGUCAACUUAAAACUUAACCCGUUAUAUGACAUAUUAACUUCACUAAUUAACGGAUUAACGAUCUUGUGCCCAGCUUUG